ACACUCAAAUAUGUAGAGAAAACUCUUGGGAUUCUAUAUUUUUAUUAGCACUCCAGUACAGUCCUUUGUUCUUUCUCCGGAGUUCUCAGAGACCCAGGAGAGAUUCCCACUUACUUGCUUCAUCUUCUGAGCUCCUAAAGUUUUGAUCUUGGAGGGUUUUUGGGCUCUCCUCUUGCAAGAGAGAGUCUUGAAUCAGUUUCAAAAGGUUUACACACUUCAGAGAAGGUACUUGGUGAGCCUCCAUUGUCGCGAUUCUGAAGGUUGUUGAGUCCAAUGUUGCAUGAAAGAUGGAAAAGGGUUGUGUUAUUACUUCUGUUCUUCAUCUCAGAUGUGUCAGGCGCAUUCGUGGGAGUAAACAUCGGCUUGGAUAUCUCCAACAUACCACCAGCAUCAGAUAUAAUAUCAAUCCUUAAAGACCAAAAAAUACAACAUGUACGAUUACAUGAUGCUGACCAUCAAUUACUAACUGCUCUCGCAAACACCGGGAUUGAGGUCAUGGUUGGUGUACCAAACGAUCAGCUUCUAAAAAUAGGAGAAUCAAGAACAGAAGCAGCCGAUUGGAUCAACAAAAAUAUAGUCCCAUAUCUCCCAUCAACUAACAUCACAUAUAUUGCUGUUGGCAAUGAAGUCCUCACAUCAAUCCCAAAUGCUGCUCUUGUUUUUGUUCCAGCAAUGCAAUUCCUUCAGUCUGCUCUUGUAGCUGCCGACCUCAAUCACCAAGUGAAAAUCUCGAGUCCUCAAUCCAUGGACAUGAUCCCCAAAUCUUUCCCUCCAUCUACUGCCACCUUCAAUUCUUCAUGGGACUCUAUAAUGUUUAAGUUCCUCCAAUUCUUGAAGAAUACGGGAUCUACUUACAUGCUAAAUGCACAACCAUAUCACGGUUACAUAAAAGGAAACGGUAUCUUUCCUAUAGAGUAUGCUCUUUUUAGGUCUCUAACUCCAAAUAAUCAAAUUGUGGACCCAAACACACUAUUUCAAUAUACCAACAUGUUUGAUGCAAUGGUCGAUGCUUCAUACUUUUCUAUGCAAGCGAUGAAUUUUUCAAAUAUCCCGGUUCUUGUGACAGCAUCAGGGUGGCCAUCGUUCGGUGGUGCGAAUGAACCCGAUGCUACUGUUGACAAUGCUCUAGUAUACAAUAGCAACCUUAUAAAGCAUGUAUUAAAUGGUUCGGGUACACCGAGUCAACCGAAUAAAUCAUUGAAUACAUAUAUCUAUGAAUUGUUCAAUGAAGAUCUACAGCCUGGGCCUAUAUCGGAGAAAAACUGGGGCAUAUAUUCUCCUAAUGGGACCGAGAUUUAUACUCUAAAUUUUGAUGAUGGUGAUAAUGGUGAAGAUACUUCUACAAAUUCGUCAGGGUUAGCUGGUGUUUUUUGUGUGGCGAAAUCUAGUGCAGAUAAAGGUGCAUUGAAGGCAGGAUUGGAUUGGGCAUGUGGUUCUGGUUCAGCAAAUUGCAGUGCGAUUCAGCCAGGGCAGCCGUGUUAUGAAUCUGAUAAUCUCGUUGCAAUUGCUUCGUAUGCAUUUAACAAUUAUUAUCACAGGACGCAAGCAAGUGGUGGCACCUGUAAUUUUGGUAAUACAGCUGUGAUUACCAAUGUUGAUCCAAGUCAUGGAGCAUGCAUCUUUGCAGGAAGCACAGGGAAUGGCACAGGAGAUGCUGCUUUUGGACCCGUAGCUCCUAUCAACAGUGUUUCAAGUCUGCAUGCUCUAAACUGGAGUUACUUGCAAAUAACGCUAGUGAUUCUUCUUCUCUGGUUUAGUAUGUAGAAUUAUAUGUCAAAAGUUCGCAUAGAAACUACAAACUACAAAUGGAUUGAUUUUAGGCUGAACAUAUAGAGGCCAGAUGCAUUUGUAUUCAAAAAUUUAGUGGCUUUGGUCUGAUUGAAGUCAAAUUUUGCAAAGAGUCAAAUAGUAGGUUGUAUGUCAGUAGAUUGUUUUCUCUUUAGAUUUGCUUAGAAGAGGGAAAUUGACCUGUAUGUUACUGCCUCCUCCCUGUUCAAUUAAUGUGGGAGUUGAUGUUAUUUGUGCACUCAGUUUUUGUUCUUCUUCCUUUGGACUCAUGAAUGUGGUAGGAUACAUGAGUUCUUA